CAGUUCUUUCCAUCACAGACGCCUUCCGCCGCCGCCUCAUCUCGGUUCCAACUCCAUCCUUCGAGUUUGUUGGCUGACACUCAGCCAUGGGUAAGGAGAAGGUCCACAUCAACAUUGUGGUCAUUGGCCAUGUCGACUCUGGAAAGUCGACCACCACUGGCCACCUGAUCUACAAGCUUGGAGGAAUUGACAAGCGUGUCAUCGAGAGGUUUGAGAAGGAAGCCGCUGAGAUGAACAAGAGGUCUUUCAAGUACGCGUGGGUGCUUGACAAGCUCAAGGCUGAGCGUGAGAGAGGUAUCACCAUCGAUAUCGCUCUCUGGAAGUUCGAGACAACCAAGUACUACUGCACGGUCAUCGAUGCCCCUGGUCACCGUGACUUCAUCAAGAACAUGAUCACUGGUACCUCCCAGGCUGACUGCGCUGUUCUCAUCAUUGACUCCACCACUGGUGGUUUUGAGGCUGGUAUCUCCAAGGAUGGCCAGACCCGUGAGCACGCUCUCCUUGCUUUCACCCUUGGUGUGAAGCAGAUGAUCUGCUGCUGCAACAAGAUGGAUGCCACCACUCCCAAGUACUCAAAAAGCCGUUAUGAGGAAAUUGUGAAGGAAGUCUCAUCAUACUUGAAGAAGGUCGGCUACAACCCUGAGAAGGUCCCAUUUGUUCCCAUCUCUGGUUUUGAGGGUGACAACAUGAUUGAGAGGUCCACCAACCUUGACUGGUACAAGGGCCCAACCUUGCUUGAGGCUCUUGACCAGAUCAACGAGCCGAAGAGGCCCUCGGACAAGCCCCUGCGUCUUCCCCUUCAGGACGUUUACAAGAUUGGUGGCAUUGGAACUGUGCCUGUUGGUCGUGUUGAGACUGGUACCAUCAAGCCAGGCAUGGUGGUCACCUUUGGUCCCACUGGUCUGACCACUGAGGUUAAGUCUGUUGAGAUGCACCAUGAGUCUCUCCUGGAGGCGCUCCCUGGUGACAAUGUUGGCUUCAACGUCAAGAAUGUUGCUGUGAAGGAUCUCAAGCGUGGGUUUGUGGCAUCCAACUCCAAGGAUGACCCUGCCAAAGAGGCAGCCAGCUUCACCUCCCAGGUCAUCAUCAUGAACCACCCUGGUCAGAUUGGCAAUGGCUACGCCCCAGUGCUGGACUGCCACACCUCGCACAUUGCUGUCAAGUUCGCUGAGCUGAUCACCAAGAUUGACAGACGAUCUGGUAAGGAAAUUGAGAAGGAGCCCAAGUUCCUGAAGAACGGUGAUGCUGGUAUUGUGAAGAUGAUUCCCACCAAGCCUAUGGUUGUUGAGACCUUCGCCACUUACCCUCCUCUUGGUCGCUUUGCUGUGCGUGACAUGAGACAAACAGUUGCUGUUGGUGUCAUCAAGGGUGUGGAGAAGAAGGACCCAACUGGUGCCAAGGUGACCAAGGCUGCUGCCAAGAAGAAGUGAGGUGUUUACCGAUCCAUGUCUGGUUUUGCGAUACCCCUACUAUUUUAGUGUCUGAGUUUUGUUAAGAGGACAUCGUCAUCUUGCAGUGUCUGCAGUUUUCUUACUGUUUGCGCUGUAUGAUAUUUGCCCGUGAUGUGUCGUUUUAAGUACUUUAUUUAUUUCGGCUUUAGGCAAAACCGUGAUGCUUCUGAGACUUCUGUUGAUUGCCGUUAUGGCAAAUAUAUGCAAGUUAGGUA